GGGCCUUUUCUCGAAUAGAUUGGAGAGCGACAAGAAGGGAGGCGACCGCAACUACGACCUACUACGGAGAAGGAACUGACCGCGAGAAACAAAGGCCUGGCAUCGCUUAUUGUGCGGGACUCGACUGUGCUCUCGGCGCACCGCCGAUGGGGGUGAUGCUUGAGAACUCCGUGCUGAGAUCCAUCAGCGACGGUGAUUUGGAUAUGGCUGGCGACGGCUGAGUAAGGGCACUAGUGCAGUCGAGGAAUACGGGGGUGGAAUGGAUCUGGUGGUCGUGUUGGACGACCCCAAUCCCGAUAGCGAAGCCGCCGCCGCGCACAGCCGGGCGGAGCCACCUCCCCUCUGGUGCCCAUCGAUGGUUCUCCACACCGUCUCCCGGAGCUGCUUCACCCACUCUUCUUGCCCCCGAGCAGGACUCGGCCCGCCCAGCAGGCCCUUGCCUCCUCCAUUUGAACCGUCCGGAGCUGCACCGCCCACCACAACAAGGCCCCUGGAGGUUGGAGGAGGCCUUGGGGAAUGGGGAUGGUGAGCGGCGAGCUGUCAGCAGAACCCCACUACCAUCUCCCAUAUCCUGCCGCUGGCGAGGCGGACCAUGGAGAGCCCGAGGAAGAUUUGGUCACUUGCCAGAUGUGCCGAUGGGUGUCUCAUGAACGAAAAAUUGGAGGCUUUGCAGAAGAAGAGCACGGAGAGCACCCCUCUUCCUUUACAACUAAAAUUGAAUUUACAGCGAAGUGCAAAUCAGAUGGUGGAGGAUCAUUGGUGCCGUAUGGGAUGGAUGUUUGGUCUACUGGCAUAGGUUCUCAGAAAAAAUCAACAACUGAAGGAGAGUGUUUUAAUUCCUAUAAUCAACGGCUACAAGGGGAGUAUUGAUUUUAGGUUGAAAAUGCUGGUUUGGAGCCUGUCUCUAAAGUCUUGAUGGCUUUUCCGAACAUCCAAGCAAGAAACAGGGCAGCAAUCAGAGCAUUUGGUACCGAGGGAAAAGUAAAGGGCCUGAGUAUUGUUCUUCCGAUUGAAGUUGUUGAACCUUGUGGUGUGCCCCGGAAACUGGCUUUCUUUCAGCAUCUUAAACAAAGCUUUGGAUACUAUGCUAGCAGUUUGUAGUUGUGCUCUGGAUACAUGUUCCCUCACUUGUAAUAGACAUUUUUUUCUUUGUUUCUGCAUUAAUUAAUGGAUCUAAGGUAGUUAGACGCACUCUGACUAUAGUCAAUCAGCUCUACUGAUGACAUGAGUGGCAUCAAGACAAUAGUGCUACUGAUCAUAUCCAAAAACAAUGAAAAAGGGCGCCUACAACCUCGCACCGCACAAGCUCCUCUCAGGAGGCGCCACUCGGUGACGCCCCAACCGCAGGUGUGUUGUUAGGCCACUGAUUGUACGUGACACUGAAAACUAUUUACUAAUAUACUGUUGUUUCCUCUAAAAGAAAAAAUAUAUGAUUUC